UGAUGUCAGUUGCUAGGGAGAGGGGUGUAACCAUGAAUGUGUUGUUACACUGCACAGAGGAGAAAGUCCUGUCCCAGGGAGCAAACUGCUUGGAGAAGGACGAGAAUGGUGUGGGUUGGGGAAGAGGCGUAUGGCCUGAGUGGAGAAACUUUUUUUGACUAAGCAAGGGGGAGGGCCUGACUGACGCCUGGACUCACCUGUGAGUAAGCAGCCAACUUUCUGGAGUGUCAACGUGCCACUCAGCUCACCUGGCCUUAGAGAAGUGUGCAGUGCAGGACUGUAGGAAGCCACUGAGGAACUUACGGCUUGUCCACACAAGGCCUCAGUGCCUGGUAGGGUCAACCAGAAGAGGAGCUGGGCUGCUUAAUGUUCAUCUGACCAAAUUGCCAUGCACGAAAGUAAUUUCUUCCUGUCGGCUCUACAGCCGGAGAAUGGCGUGUGCUCCUUGGCGUUGCCCUCUGACCAGCAGCUGGACAGAAAAAACAAGGAGACGCAGGACACCGAGGUGCUCAAGAAUGCCCGGGUGCAGGAGCAAGUUCGCAUGAGGAUGCUUCAGAAGAGCCACUCGGCCCCCAGGACUAAUGGAGCUGGGCCUGACUAUGAACUGAAAGGUGGAACUAUCUCUAAUGGCCAAUACAACACUCUGCAGCCGAGCUUCAGCUCCAGAUCCCAAACAAAUGGCACAGAUCACAAAGGCUCCCUUUAUCAGUCAAAGAAAGGAUACAGCACCAUGAAGACUACUAACUGGUCCUCCCGCUCAGCUGUGGACCUCAGACCCAACAAGAGGAUAGCCGCUGUCAGCAAUGGUGUUGGGCCCAAGGGCCUAAAUUAUGGCAUGAAUUAUACUCUGUCUCAAGCUGCCAACUCUACUUCACGCCCUGGCUCUUUUCAUGAACGAAGCUAUCGGGCCCGUCAAAACUACGACACUAUGUCUCUCCACUCCCUGCGCUUGGCGGAUGGGCCAGGCAGUCCUGGGGGCAUAGAUGAUCGCUACAGUAUCAUGUCUGAGAUGGACCCAUUGGCACAAGCAUCUCUUUACAAAAACAGGGGAGGGGGCAGCUUCGCCAAAUCCUAUUCCUUUGAAAGGCAGAUGAGUGCUGGAUCUAAUGCUGGAUUUAAGGGGCCCCUCAACUGGAUGGAUGGUGUGGAUGGACCCCAAAACAGGACAGUCAUCCGUGCACCAGCCAUGCGCACCUUGCAGCGCUUCCAGAGCAACAACCGCUCCCGCAUCAACAGUGGCUCCUUCAGUGGAAUCCAGUCUUCCCAAGGAGGUGUUGGGAGCUCCUAUGCAGGUGUAAUGGAGCGCAGUUCCCGUGCCCCCUCUGUGCGAAGCUUGGCUGAUUCCAACCACCAUUUGCAAGACCUGCGUGCCAUUGAUAUGUAUGAUGGUCACAACUCACUCAUGACCCAGCCGUCCUUUUCUGGCGGGUUUGAUGAUAUUGACCUUCCCUCUGCAGUGAAGUACCUGAUGGCCAGUGACCCCAACCUUCAAGUUCUUGGGGCUGCUUACAUCCAGCACAAGUGCUAUAGUGACAAUGAUGCCAAGAAACAGGCUCGUAGCCUUCAAGCUGUGUCCAAGCUGGUGAAGCUUUUCAACAACUCCAACCAUGAGGUGCAGCGCCAUGCCACUGGUGCCAUGCGCAACCUCAUCUAUGACAGCGCUGAAAAUAAGCUGAUGCUGGUGGAGGAGAAUGGCAUUUAUGAGCUGAUGCGCACUUUGCGUGAGCAAGAUGAUGAGCUGCGCAAGAAUGUUACAGGCAUCCUCUGGAAUCUGUCCUCCAGUGAUACCCUCAAGGAUCGUCUGGCCCGAGACACCCUGGAGCAGCUUACAGAUCUGAUCUUGAUCCCUCUGUCUGGCACAGGCAGUGCUGCUGUUAUCCAGCAAAAUGCCUCUGAGGCAGAAAUCUUCUACAAUUCUACUGGUUUUCUCAGGAAUCUCAGCUCUGCCAGCCAGCAAACUCGGCAGAAGAUGCGUGAGUGCCAUGGGCUAGUGGACUCCAUGGUCAAUUACAUUAACAGCUCCCUGGAAGUGGGAAAGUCUGAAGACAAGAGUGUUGAAAAUUCUGUCUGUGUCCUGCGAAAUCUGUCCUACCGCCUGUACGAUGAGAUGCCUCCUUCCUCGCUCCAGCGACUGGAAGGCCAAAGGAGGAAUGAUGGGGCAACCAUGACAAGUGAGCUGGUGGGCUGCUUCAGCCCUCAGAGCAAGAAGGCCCGAGAGCUCUACGUGAACUCAGAUAUUGUGACCUUCACAGAAGUCUCUAAGGAUCCCAAGGGGAUGGAGUGGCUCUGGAACCCCCAGAUUAUAGGGGUGUAUAACAGGCUCUUGCAGAGGUGUGAAUUAAACAAGCAUACCACAGAGGCAGCCUCUGGGGCUCUUCAGAACAUCACAGCUGGAGACCGAAGGUGGGCUGGUGUUCUCAGCAGAGUGGCUUUGGAACAAGAGAGGAUCCUAAACCCAGUGCUGGACAGAGUCCGCACAGCUGACCAUCAGCAGCUUCGUUCACUGACAGGGCUAAUUCGCAACCUGUCCCGGAAUGCUCGCAACAAGGAUGAGAUGUCAACCAAGGUGGUGAGCCAUUUGAUUGAGAAGCUUCCAGGGAGCCUGAGUGAUAAGUGGCCCCCAACAGACGUCAUUGUCAAUAUCAUUGCCGUGCUAAACAACUUGGUUGUGGAAAGCCCCAUUGCAGCACGUGACAUUGUCUACUUUGACGGCCUGCGUAAACUUUUCUUCAUCAAGAAGAAAAGAGACAAUGCUGACAGUGAAAAGUCAUCCAGAGCUGCUUCCAGCCUCCUGACCAACAUGUGGCAGUACAGCAAGCUUCAUCGGGACUAUAAGACGAAGGGCUAUCGAAAAGAGGAUUUUGUUGGCCUGUAAAUUCAAGGGCUUCUGAAGUUUGCAGAAAAUGGACUGAUUGGCCGUGAUUCUUCUCCAUGAAAAUGUUUCUUGAAGUGCCAUUGUAAAUGGCCAAGGUUCUGCUUCAUAAAGUUCCUUGCCUGCAACUCCCAUCUUUUUCAUACAUCUCAAAACAGUGUGAUUGACCCAUCAUAUUUUUUGCAUUCUUAAUAAUUUCUACUUCAUCCCUGUUGGAAGCCCAUCUUCCUCUGCUGGCCACCUGAUUUCAUCAGAACAUUCUGUAAAGCCAACAUGGAACUUUCCUUUUCAUUCCCAUCACCUAGUAGGGGGUUCUGUGGCAUACAUGGACACUGAUAGAAUAGCAGGACUUCCAGACUGAGGGAAUUCUUUUGAGAUGCGUUGUACUAUUUGUGGAUACGUAAUCUGCUUUCAUGAAAUUCAUUUUCUGGAACUCUGCUAAAAUUUUGCCAACCCUGCCAAUCGCCCCCCAAAAGGAACUUUUUGCUUUUCAUUUUAAAAGAUUUAGGAGAUCUUAUUUCAAGGCAUGAAUAGAUUUUGUAGCAAAUAUGUACCUACACAUUUGUUUCUGGUGGUAUUGGACUUACAGCAAUAGACUUUUGAGUGUUAUUGGCAAAUGUUGAGAUUGUACUGAGCAAACAGCACGUCCGAAUACAUUGGAGUAUAGCUUUGUGAGAGGUGGGUGGUGGAUGCUUUUAUUAUAGUUUCAGUUACUUCAUAAGGUCAGAGACAUUGAGGAUCCUAGCGGAAGCAGAGAGAAUUUUCUGACUGGUACACGUACUAUGACUAAUCCUAUUUCUCUGUGGCUGUUAGUUCCACAAAGUAAGGUUAGGGAGAAAUGGACAUGGCACAUUAAGCUGACAGGAGAUCCUCCUCCCUCUGUGAAACCAAACUUAUAGUGAUUUGUACAGGAUUUUGCUUUUAUGUUGCCAGGAUUGUCUUGGUGAUCUCAAUCCAGAGUACUUUUCAUGCAUGCAGCAACAGCCUACACUCCAAAAGAUGGUUUUGUCACCACACAAGAUGGUGAGAUGACCUGCUGGGUGGAGGGAUAGAGGAAAGAACAGGGUGAUCAGAGCUGUUAGUUCUUUUGUCAUGAGUCAUCUGGGGGGGGGGGGGGGAUGCAUAUAGAACACAGGAAAACCACAUGUGCUUUUUGCCAACUACAUGUAGAGUAUCACAUACUAUAUGAAUGCAGUGACAUGCAAAGGGUAUGAUCAUGCUGGUGGAGGAUUUUCUUUCAGUCCAGUAGAAAAAAAUCCAGCAAUUUAAAUGGAAUAUAGACUGAGACUUUCAUCCUUUGCAGUUAAACUCUUCUAACCCCACCGAUUUCAGUAGAUUUAAAAAGUUAUAGCUCUGCUGAGGAUUGUACUAUGAAUGAGUGGUGGCCUAAAGCUGAGUCAAAUCCUCAUUUAACUAGCACACCCUCAGUCAUGUUUUAUGGGCCAUGGUGCAUUAAAUGAAGUGCAAGACCAUGUAAGGACCAGAUAAAAUUAUCUCUAACUCCUAAAUCCUACAUACAGUCUAGUGAUGGAGAAAAGUUGAAAUAUCAUAACAGAAUGCUGGCCGCAUGCAAAAUUGCUUGCUUAUCACCUGCAAACAAGCCGUGAAUAGCAGUUGUAUUGGCUAUUGCAAAGAGACUGGUGGCAAGGCACACUUGGGGUCUCCAUUAUAACAUAUAGCCACCUUCUACCCUCUUAAAUAUGCCAGAGUGGAAGUGGAAGGCUAUAACAUCUGAUGCCCACCCCAGUGCCAGAUAGCUACACUGGACCUUAUUGAAAAUGGAGCUGGUGAGUUUCAGAUCCGUCAACAGACAAGCUGAAAGUACCACUGAUAAACUUUUUCUUAUUAGUCUGUUGAAAUAUUAACUGUCAUAAGCCAGCAGCAGCUCACAGUAUCUGUCCACAUAAAAAGGAGGCAUAUAGAGAUGAAUGCUGUGCCUUUCAUUCUUUCUGUCAGGUCAGUGUAGACUGGCCUUUGAUUGCAGAGUUGGGACGGUGGAGCUGCUGCUGCUUUUUCAUGAAGGUCCUACUAUAAUUGUUACAAUUUUACUCCAGCAUAGGUACAACACCAUACUUUGUUUAGUCACAAUGAGAAACCAUAUGGGCCCAAAAGGAAGCAGUUAAGGGGUGGGUGAAUUUAUCUGUAUAUAAUGUAUAUAGACUUUCCCUUCCCAGCUGCAUAGGGGAGUGGCUGUUUUUUUUUAAAGGGCUAUUUCUCACAUUCCAAUAUGUUGUUGUUUCCAUUGCCUGCCUGCUUCCUUGGGAAUCACAACUGUGCAGGAGAAAAGCAAAACUCACCUUAAGGACAGAAGACGAUUCUUAAUCCGUUGGCAUGUUGCUUUUGUGAAAUAUAUACUGGGUUUGUUUGGUUCAAAAAUAUGAUGUGUGCCCCUUCUCUUCCAAACUACCUGCCCAUUGUCCCCACCUGAUCAAGUGCAUAUGCAAUUAAAGUCUUUCCCUGUUUUCAGGUUAAGAUGGACGCACAAGUUUCUUUGCCUCCAGGUGAAAGAUAGGAUAUUUGAGAUCAUUGCUCAGAAAUAGAGAUCUUGCACCUUCAUGGAGCUGAGCUAGGGGCAUAAGAAGGAAGGAAAUCCUUCAACUAGCGGAUUAACCAGUUGGUCAAUUGCAUGUAUACUGCUACUCUUUUGCUAGCUUAUUGCCCCUCUUAUUUCUGUAAUUCCUUCAAGUUCUGCUCUUUCACAUGCAGCCAUAUUUUCUUCAUCAAACAUAAAGUCCUGUUAGCAAACUUGCAGUCUUAGUAGUGAAGUCUGUUUGCUCACUCAAGGGGAAAAAUAGUUAAAACUAGUGGCUUAGAAAACAGACACAUAACUUCAGCACAUGACACAAUUUGACUAUAAAAUGCAUAUGGUUACCACUUGCAACAACCAUAUCUUUGUGCAGCUGCAAGACUCUUAUGACUACUGUCCUUGCCUUUUGGAGAAGCCCUGACUGCUAGUCUGAGUGCAUUCACUGUUGUAGCAAUUUCUACUUGCUUUCAAGAGGAUGUGAGACAUCGAACUACAUGAUAUCAACACUGUGGAUUAAAUACAGCAGUUCUGAAUGAGGUGCAAAUAGCUGGGUACAUGGGGAAGGCUGCCUUGAAGUGACCAGCUGCAGAGAAUAUGGAUUCUGUACCUUUAAUUCCUAUGUAGAGAAGAAAUUUCAUCCAGUAAAGCUUUUGUCAUGUCAGCAUGGACUGGCUGCACCUA